UCCAGAGAAGAAGAGCCGCCGUCCCGCGCCGCAUAUAACACACAGCAUUCAGAGAUGUCAGAGUUGGGCUGCUACUCUCCCAGCUUUAAAAAACCGUCCGAUGUUUUGCGGAUGAGACGGAAGCGGGCGCGGAGUGAAGGACCCGGUAGAAACACGUCGAGUCCUGCGGUGUCGUUGGAGGGAGUCCGGCCGUUCACUCCGGGCCCUCUGUUGAACGCCCCGGGCCCGACGAGCGGCGGGGUGAAGCGCAGGAAUCCGUUCGCGAACAUCGAGAACACUUACAACAGUCCUAAAAAGAGAGCUUUAUCACACACCGACUGCGAUAAUAGCGCUCUGGACGGGAAAUCAAUAGAAGAGCGUUCAAAAUCUUCAUUGAGAGAAGAACUUUUCAAUACAGAUUUACAAAAACAACACGGCAAACAGCUGCAGAAGCCCUUGUCAUUUUCUGAAGAUGAGUCUUUGUUUGAAGAGGAUCUGUCUGAAUCGGAGAAAACCACUCGCGUAUUAAAGAGUCCAGAAGCACAUGUGAUUUGUGAUACUACUCCUUCUGAAGUGUGUCUGGAGUUCCCGGCGGAUUGGUCUCUGAAGACCCGUCUGCUGUUCACGUCACCACAGUCUUUUUCUUGGGCCGAACAUCUGAAAGCACAGGAGGAGGCGCAGGGCCUCAGCUCCCACUGUAGGGCAGAGUAUGCCAACUUACCAGCUAAUAUACAGGAGCCACGGGGCUGUGUGGAGCUGCGGUGUGGUUUUCAGCAGUGUUUACAGUACUGGCAGCACCCAUCUCUGCCCUGGCUCUCUCUCUUCCCACGGAUCGGCGCAGAGCGCAAAUUCUCUGGCAAAAGCACACCGUGGGCGCAAGAGGCUGCACUGCAGCAGAGCCUGAUGAGUGAUUGGUCUGUGAGUCUGACUUCUCUGUACAGUCUUCUGAAGGCUCGACUCUGUCCGUAUUUCUACCUGUGCUCGUAUCAGUUCACUGUGCUGUUCAGAGCAGCUGGUCUGAGUGGAGCUAAAGGCAUCACUGCACUGCUGUCUCCCACAACCAGAGGGCUGCGAGAGGCCAUGAAGGCCGAGGGAAUAGAGUUCUCUCUCCCUCUACUGGAGGAGAGGCGAAAGAAUAAAGAGCACAGCAGCUCAUCUCAGAUCAGUGAUGGCACUCAACAAACUGAUACAGACGAACACAUCAGCACUGAAUGUAAUGUGCACAGUGAAAAUGAAAACGAGGAUGAUGAUGAUGAUGAUGAUGACGACGAUGAUGGUGGAUUUUCAUGGCUGAAGGAGAUGGGUGUCCAAGACAAGAUCAAGAAACCUGAUGCCAUUUCUAUCAAACUUCGUAAGGAGCACAGAGAGGUGCGGUUAGAUCACAGACCAGAGUCGGUGGUUUUGGUCGAGGGUUCUAACACCUUCACUCUUCUGAACUUCCUGAUUAACUGUAAGAGUCUUGUGGCUGCAGCUGGAUCUCAGGCUGGACUUCCUCCAACACUUCUGGCUCCUACAGCCUUCAGAGGGGCCACACUGCACACGCUCAAGGCGCGCUCAGUGAAUGUGAAGACUCGUGUGAGAACGGGUUAUCAGGACGUCUGCAGCCUGGAGGUGACCGGAGCCAUCAUGCCUCACACGUUGCACGCGCUGAUACAGCUCCUGAAACCCGCUCAGAGAGGAGACUUCAGUGUAGCGCUCUACACACACGAACCUACCGCCGUACUCAAUAUACCCAUCAGCCAAACAGCUGAACAACAACAACUGGAGGCUGUAGUCCAGGAUCUGGGAAGAUGUGGUCUACAGCAGAGUACAGUUCAACAGCUAGCAACGCCAACCGUGCUGGGCAAGAAUGCGCUCCGACAGUUACACAUGAGAGAGCACUCAUACAGCUGGAAGUCCUGAGAAUCACACAGAUUUUACCUCCUCAUGUACAGCCUCCACAUAAACUGAAAAUAUUUAAAGUGUACUUGACGGGGCUAUUAAUAUCUGUUGGCAUAUCAAACUGUCAGUGGCGUGGUAGCUUACAGUUAGUGUACAAGCUUACAUGAGUAGCCGCUGUUUUUAAACUAGUACCUGUGUGCUGGAAUGGAAUGUAGAGUUAGAUUUUAACUGUUUUUAUUCAGGGUCUGUAGCCAUUAAU